AUGACAUCCUCCAUCCUUGUCAAAACAAUGCUGCUCAGCCUUUUCGACCCUGUGCUUGACCAGAACCUAUACUAUAUGGCAACGUCCUACUCUACAGCUACUUUCACAUCUGCCAUGUUCAAUAUUCUUCCUGCAAUUGCAUUUUUUAUGGCCUGGAUCUUUAGGCUUGAGACAGUAAACAUUAGGAAACUGCAUAGCCAGGCAAAGGUUCUUGGGACUAUAAUCACAGUUGGAGGAGCUAUAAUAUUGACACUAACCAAAGGGGCUGCACUAAAUUUGCCAUGGACAAAGGGCAAAAAUCAACAUCAUCAUCAAAUGCAAAGUGAUUCAAACCACAAAGACAUCACAAAGAGUGCUCUAUUGAGUGCAGCAGCUUGCUUCUGCUGGUCUAGUUUCAUCAUUUUGCAAGCAUUUACACUAAGAUCAUAUCCUUGUAAGCUCUCCCUGGCAACUCUUACAUGUUUUUGGGGUCUGGUGGAAGGAGCAAUCCUGGCCCUUGUAGUAGAAUGGAGGAACAGUAAUGCAGACUGGUCCAUACACUUGGACAUAAGACUUUUAGCAGCUUUUUAUGGGGGGAUACUCUCUGGGGUUGCUUAUUACAUUAUGGGAAUGGUAAAUAAAGAAAAGGGACCUGUUUUCUUUUCUGCUUUUAACCCAUUAGGCACAGUAAUUAUUGCAAUUCUGGGUUCCCUUGUUUUAGAUGAGCACAUGUACCUUGGGAGGUAUGCUUUGAUUUCUCUCACCUACGCCCAACAUGCCUAUGCAUAA